AGAGGGGAAAGGGGAGUGGGGGAGGACGUAUUUGUACGUGAGCGACAAACUCUAAGUUGCGUUCGAAGGUUACUCAAUGGUAGAACACCUUGGGAGAGCCAUUGGGCGGCUCCCGACAUGGUUCGUCAACUAUAACCCUAAUACCUGGGCAUGGAGGCAUGGAGCCCGGCGAAGCUCCGAGCCGCCUUGCGCUGGAACUAGUCCGACAUGGAACAUGGCGACCCCCGAGAGUCAUCCGGUGUGCUCGGCCAUGCAAGCUCCGAGCACUCCACACGAGCGGUCCUCGCCGAGCUCCUAUCCCGACCGAAGCCCGAACCUCCUCCGCUGCCGCGACAGCGACCCGGACCUCCAACAAUGCCUCCAGGCCGCGUAUGGCGCGACUUGCCGCACCAGCCACAGCCGCAGCAGUCUCGACAAUAUUAGCUUUCGUCGCCUUCCUGGGCCCAACAGUGAAGGAGAGCGACCAGGCCGAGAAUCUCGGCCCCUCGCAGCAGCCGCCUCCGCCCACGGCGACAACCGACGACCGCGACCCUUCCCUUCCGCGCUUCCGCCUCUCCGACAUCCGCAAGCACGACAAGGAUUCCGAAGAGCCCUGGGUGACGCACGAAGAUAAGGUCUACGACAUAACCGACUGGGUGGCGGCGCACCCCGGCGGCAACGUGAUCCUCCGCGCCGCCGGCAAUAGCAUCGACCCAUACUGGGACAUCUUCAAGAUACACAAGUCGCCCUACGUGUACGAGAUCCUCUCGCAGUACCUGAUUGGCUACAUAGAUGUUGCAGACCUGGUUGACGGGCGGCCGGCGGUGGACGCGAUAGAAGACCCCUUCGAGCAGGACCCGGUCCGGGACCCCAGGCUGAUCACACACACCGCCAAGCCGAGGAAUGCGGAGCCACCAAACGAGGAGCUUGACAGGGACUUCUACACACCGAACGAGCUAUUCUACGUCCGAAACCACAUGUGGGUGCCGGUCGUGGCGGAGAAGGAGGCGGACAGCCAUACGCUCACUGUCGAGUUGCCCGACGGCGAGACGGUGCAGUACUCGUUGGCGGACUUGCGGAAGAAGUUCCGAGUACACCGCAUCACUGCAGUGUUGCAGUGCAGCGGGAACAGGAGGAGCGACAUGACAAGGCACGCGAGGAAGACGACCGGGCUGCAGUGGGGCGUCGGCGCCAUCAGCAACGCCGAGUGGGAGGGCGUAAGGUUAGCCGACGUGUUAGCAGAUGCCGGGUUGCGAGUCGCGGACGUGGCCGGUAUGACGAAAAACCAGACGUCUCCGCAACCGUCCGGAAGCAGCAGCCAGGGCGCAACCGACGACGACUCGUCGGAAGUCACCGACCCCAACACGCACCACGUGCAAUUCUCCGGCCUCGAAGCCUACGGCGCCUCCAUCCCGCUCUCGACGGCGAUAGACCCCCGCGCCGACGUCCUCCUCGCCUUCGGCAUGAACGGCUCGCCGCUGCCGCGCGACCACGGCUACCCCCUGCGGGCAGUGGUGCCCGGCCACGUCGCGGCGAGGUCCGUCAAGUGGCUGAGCCGCAUCGUCGUCUCGGACGAGGAGAGCUCCAGCCAGUGGCAGCGCCGCGACUACAAGUCAUUCGGCCCCAACGAGGGGCCCAACCCGGACUGGGACAGCGCCCCGGCCAUACAGGAGAUGCCCAUCACGAGCGCCGUCACGAACGUCUGGGUGGGCGACUGUAUCAGGGGAGGGAGGGUCCCCUGGCUGGGUGCCGGGCGGGGGCCCGGAAGGGGGGCCGUGGACGCCGCCGCGGUAGAGAAGGACGUCGACUCCAGCACGAAUACGAGCACUAGCACGACGGAUAAGGGUCAGGAGAAGGACAAGCCACCGCCUCUCGCCGAGCCGAUCGCGCUUCAGGGCUAUGCCUACUCGGGCGGCGGGCGUGAAAUCUGCCGGGUAGAUGUCAGCCUCGACGGCGGAAAGACGUGGGAUCAGGCCGAGCUGGUGGGCGACUACGCCGGGGUUCCCCGCGGCGGCGGCGGCAGGGGCAGCGGGGGCUCCAAGCACUGGGCGUGGAAGCGGUGGCGGUAUACGGGCCAGCUGCCGCAGGGGCCCGCACAAUGCACGACCGUCGUCGUCAAGGCCACGGAUGACGCGUAUAACACGCAGCCCGAGAGCCACGCGGGGAUAUACAACGUGCGUGGGAACCUCGCCACGGCGUGGCAUCGCGUGCGCGUGUGUCCGCAACUGGUGGAGGGGGGGGAGGGGAAGAAGGGGGCGGCCUGGUCGUCGGUGAGGAUGUACGGGUGUGGGUUCGGGAAGGAGGAGGAGGAGGGGGGAGAUGUUGGCGAGGCGGCGGGGAGGUCUGGUGCGAAAUAGAAGGGACGGAGGAUCGUUUGUCAGGAUACAGGGACUUCUUGGGUGCAUGUUACUUGGAAAGCAUCGGACUUAGCGAGCCAGGCGUUCGGGACGCAACAUGUUUAGGUUCGACAGGGGGCCAAAGUGAGAAGAUAGUCAAAACUCUAUAAAUACCUUGCCAUCCCCCCGGCCACCCCAG